AUGUUUAAGAUCAUCGUUCUGGGUGUUUGUUUGGUCGUUGUUGCUGCCGCACCCUACUACGCAGGGGGCCUUAGUCAUCAUCAUGAGGAUCAUCAUCACUCGCAUCCAAAGUACAAAUUCCGAUAUGGUGUUAAGGAUGGAUACACCCACGAUCAUAAGAGUGCCUGGGAACACCGCGACGGAGAUGUGGUGAAAGGGCAGUACACUCUGGAUGAGGCUGAUGGCACACAUCGUGUGGUUGAUUACAGCUCGGACCACAAGUCUGGGUUCCAGGUCCAUGUUCAGCGCAACGGACAAGCUCGUCACCCACACGGAACGAGCUACGUAAAAAUCGAUCAACACUACUAA